AUGCGGGGCGAAGCCUUCCUAGACGAGGCUUCCACGCCGGAAUUAGCACCGGGCGAAGUGGCCCCGCCGGGCACCGAACCUCUGCCGCCGAAAGCGAGCGCUGAGAUCGCGCGGGCACCCGUCAUGUAUAACGCCUCGCAGCCGCCGCCGCCUAUAAUUAGUAUGCCGAUCCCGCCGCCGCCGUUGUUCACGCAGUUCCCGCCGCGCUUCCCGCCGCCCCCGCGCCCGCCGCGCCCGCCCCCGCCCGCGCCUGCCCGCUCCGCCGGCCUUAGUCUGGUGGAUCAUUAUAACACAGACUCUGAUAGCGCUGCCUCAGAUUCCGAUGACAGCUCAUCAUCCGACAAAACUCCCAUCCCCACCCCGCCCGAGGACGUUCAACUCGUCAUAGACAAGAUGGCUGCCUAUGUGGCUCGCAACGGUGACGAGUUCGCGGAGAUCGUGCGCUCGAAAAACGACCCUCGGUUCACGUUCUUAGAGCCCAGUAAUGUGUACCACGCAUAUUACAAGAGACUGAUGCAGCAGAAGCGAGGCGAUGUCAAUGGGAAAGGAAAGGAUGCGAAGAAAAAGAGCUCGGCCCCUGUAUCUUUCUCAAUAAAAAAGCUAAAAGAACCAGAUCCAAUCCUUCCCAAACCAGCGCUUCCCUACGAAUCGAGUUCAGAAGACGAGUCGGAAAAAACAGAAAAGGCGGAAGAGCCCAAAGAGUCUCCCAAAUCAACCGCCCCUCAAAUAUUCCCGGCCGCUCACAUACCCCCUAUAGUUGUCUACAAGAUUGAAAACCAGACCAACGAUAUGCCCAAACCCAUAGCACCAGUCAAACCUAUCCCCCAAGUAAUACCUACCGUCUUACCGGAGAUAAAAGAAGUGAAAGAAAUAGAAAAGAAAGAAGAAAAACCGAUCCAAGAAGAAAUCAAAAUAAAAUCUCCAACGCCUGAGAAGAAAGUAAAAGAAAGCCCUAGGAAAGAGAAAAGAAAACAUAGGGAUAGGAAAAAAGAAUACAAAUCUAAAUCGGAGAGCAAAGAGUCUAAGAGAGUGGAGCGGAGUGUAGAUAGAGAGAAGAAGAAAGAGAGAGACGGGGAGAAAGAGAAAAAGAAACGAAGGUAUAGCAGAGAGGAGUUGGACAGUGAGAUUAUAUCGCUUGUCGACACUACGGACGAUCUGAUUGAUUUGACUGGCGACCAGGAUUCUAAAGGUGAAUCUGAUGCGCGCUCCAGCGACCGCGCCAAGCAGCAGGCGCGCCGGCGCCGCGCCGCCGAGUUCCUGAAGAAAGUCGGCGUGGACCCCGCCGCCGCCGCGUUGCCUACAUCUUCCUUAGCCAGCGCCAUGGUGGACACAUUGGAAUCGUUGCGAAAGAAGAAAGCCGAAGAGGAGGAGAAACGGAGAAAACGCGAGAAGAGACGUCAUCGAGACCGAUACGAUUAUGAAAAUGGGUCUGAAAGGUCACACAGAAAGAGCAAACGCAGAAAGAACAAGUCAUCAGAAGAAAAUGACGAGUCGGAUUAUGACGGCACCAAAAAGAAGAAACGAAAGAAGGAAAGACGACACGCCUCCAAAAGCAAAAAGCGGAGGCGCCGAGACGAACCAAUGGAGGAGGAAGAAGGAGAAAUUGACCACCCCAUCAAUAUUGACCUCACGAGCACUCUGAAGGAACUCAGGAACGCUUCCCCCACCAAAGAACUGGUACAGGAUAUUGACGACAACACGCAGCAAAGCUUUGUAAGGCAGGACGACUCCUCGGAGGAUGAGAAUGGAGAAGUGAGAAGGGACAGGAGAAGAAAGAAAGAAGAUAGGGAGUAUAGUGAGGGAGAGUGGUCUAGCGAUACGGAGCAGGACUCCGGGUCGUCUUAUAGCGGGAAAGAAGAAUGAUAAUCAGGUACACAACGACAAAUAUUCCCCCGACACAAAAGACUUAGUUAAGUAGAUUAUGAUUUCUUAACGAAUUAUGAAUGUAUGUAUUUAUAAAUAUAGAUUUCGUAUUGUUCCAAA